AUGGGUGGAAUCUUGUCCGCAUUCUAUAGACUUUUUGGAUCUCGUGAAAGGCGGAUACUUAUUCUUGGUCUAGAUGGAGCUGGAAAGACCACAAUAUUAUACAAACUCCAAGUUGGCGAAGUUGUAACUACAAUACCCACUAUCGGUUUCAACGUCGAGACAGUUCAUUAUAAGAAUUUGAAAUUCCAAGUGUGGGAUCUAGGUGGCCAGACCAGUAUCCGUCCUUAUUGGCGUUGCUAUUAUGCCAACACAGAUGCAAUAAUCUAUGUUGUUGACAGUAUGGAUCGCGAUAGAAUUGGCAUUUCAAAACAGGAACUUAUUUCAAUGCUUGAAGAAGAGGAGCUAAAAACUGCCGUUCUUGCAGUAUUUGCCAAUAAGCAGGAUAUAGAAGGUUGCAUGUCUGUUGCACAAAUUGCUUCUGCUUUCGGACUAACUUCCAUCAAAAAUCGAACUUAUCAGAUUUUUAAAACAUCCGCUGUGCGUGGAGAUGGCUUGACUGAAGCUAUGGAUUGGUUGGCAGAGACCUUAAAUCGACAGUCUUGA